CCAACUGUGCCACCAGUGAACCGGUCUCUGGCGAUGAUGCGGGACUGCAAUCUUGCAUGGGAGCAAUUGAGAAAACUGCGCAGAUAUGUAGGUCCCGCCAUCGCAUCAGAACGAUCAAUGAGGACACAGCAGAAACGUCUUCUGAAAGACUACCUUGAGGGAGAACUCGUAGAGCUCAUGUUCCCAAGUGCCAAGUCUGAUGGGUCUCAUGGGUUUGAGGGUAGAAUGGUGCCAUAUGUCACUGUGAACAACCUCAGCAUGAUGGUGCUGGAUUAUCUGGACGGACUUGAGGAGUGCAAUUCCCUGACCUGGCAUAGUGGUGUCAUCCCACCAAACGAAAUUUGGGUCAAAAUUGGAGGUGACAAAGGUGGCUCUUCGUUUAAGAUGGCUUAUCAAAUAGUUAACGUGAACCAUCCAAACAGCCUCCAAAACACGGUGGUAUUCGCGUGCUUUGAAGGGAGCGACACAUCUCAAAAUUUGAAGAGAACACUUCCCAAAAUCAUAAGCCAGAUCACCACGCUUUCUAAACAACAAUGGAGGUGAGCAAAAAUUUAAAAAGGAAAACGUAUAUGUUACUUAAUCUUAAACAUAAACAAAUUAAAAUUACCACGUU